AUGGCCUGCGAGUGCGAGUGCGGCCACCACCACGACUGGGACGAGGAAGAAGACGACGAGGCCCUCCGCGUCGACCUGUCCAACCGGCCCAUCGCUCCCCUCCCCCUCCGCAAGCGCCAGCGCCUCAGCGCCGAGUCGUCCGCCUCGGUCGCAGAGCUCCAGAGCGGCAUCGCCGCCCUCCGCCUGUCGUCGCCCGCCGCCGUGCGCGAGCCCAGCUCGGGCAGCGAGGGUGACGACGACCGCACCGCCCGAGAUGCUCGAGCCGCGUCUCGGGCCCACGAGCGAGGCGCGCUCGCGGCGGGCAACAGAGGCGGCGGCGGCGGCGGGAGACGGAACGACGACGAGGACGACGGCGGCGGGCACGAGCACGGCGGCGGCGACGAGCGCAACGAGGAGGCGUGGGACCGGUGGCUGUCGAAACGCGCCGACCCGCUCGAGGCGUCGCGCGACCCGGAUCGUGUCGCGGGCGAGGCGCCCGACGAGUCGACCAAAACGACCAACUCGCUCGACCCGGGCUCGACAGGGUCCGAGUCGCCGCCGACCUCGCCCGCCCUGUCGGACGGCAAGAAGCCGAUCCUGUUCGGCAACGAGGGCCAGCGCAUCGUCCAGUCGCUCGCGACCGCCAACUCGUUCUCGCCCGCCGGCCUGUUUGGAGGGCUCGGCCUCGCGACGCUCCACCCGUCGCUCGCGCCGUCGGUCGCCGAGCGCCACUUUGACGACGACGAGGACGGCGACGAGGACUCGUACGGCGUCGUCGACCGCACGCGCCCGCCCGUCGAGCCGACCAUGGCGAGCCAGGUCAGUGCGACGGCGCUCGGCCUCGGCGAGUCGAACAAGAAGAAGCGCAAGAUCCCGGGGCUCGCCCAGGGCGGGCCCGCGAGGGACGGCGACACGGCCGACGACGCUGCGCCCGUCCAGUCGUCGCCGUCGGCGCCCUUUUCCGGCGAGUUCAAGCCGAGCAAUGGUCCGCUCGCACCCGUCAACCCGCCCACGACCGCCGAGGCCGCCCUCGCCAAGCUCCGCAUCCGCCCUCCUCACAUCUCGCUCUGCGACAACUGCAUCUCGGCCCGUCGAGCGCACCGCAAACGCCUGCGCGCGACCGCCGCCAAGCAGCAUCCUCUCGCGCUCCCUCCCGUCCCCGCCUUCGUCCCGCCCGCCAUGCCCAAGGAGGGCCCGCCGCCGCUCCCGCCAGGGUCGGGCCUCAAGGGCAGCAAGGCGAUCAAGCUCGCGAUGAAGGCGGCCAAGGAGCGCGAGAAGGAGAAGGAGCGCGUGCGCAACCUGUUCGCGCACGUCCGCGUCCCCAACCUGUUCGACCCGCACGGCACGGCCAACCCGCCACCGAGCGUCGUCACGCGCGCGAUCAAGGCCGACCUCGACCGGCGCCGCGGCGAGAGCGAGCCGAGCGAGGCGUCGCUCGUGCACGCCAAGCCGCAGUCGCUCGACCUGUUCACGUUCGUCGAGCGGCCGCCGUCGGUCGUCGAGCUGCGGUGGACGGCUGUCAACGACCAGAAGGAGCGGCUCAAGGCGGCCAAGGAGCGUGCGGCGCGGGCUCGCGAGGAGGAGGAGAGGCGGCGGCACGACAAGGAGGAGAAGAUGAUGCGCGCCGAGGCCGCCGGCACGGUCGAGGCGCCGCCUGCGCCACUUCCUCCCGCGCCGCCCGUCCCUGCGCCUGCACCUGCGCCAAACUCAACCAAGCGCACACCGACAGCGGCGCCCCGUCCCGUCAACGCGCCAGCGUCAGCUCCUGCACCUGCGCCCGCCGCACCGACCUCGUCCCUCCCUGCUCCUUCCACCUCUUCUGCCGUCUCGACGCCUCUCGUCCCGCCUCCCGACGUCGCCCUUCCCUCUCCUCCUGCCGCCUCGUCCCUCCCGCCGACGCCUUCGCGCAAGCCGACGGCGAAGAAGGGCCGCAAGAAGCGGUCCGCGCACGCCAACGCCCUCAACGUCCACCACCGCGACAACUACGUCCCCUCGCGCCUCCCCUCGCACACGCCGAGCACCAACGGCGUCGCGCACGACGCCAACGGCACGCCGUACCUCACGUCGUGGCCGGCGUCGGACGAGGCGCUCGCGUCGGCGGGCCCGUACGCGUCCACGUGCGGCGCGGGCCACUUUUGCGGGCCCGACGAGUGGCUCUGCCUGUUCUGCGAGUACGAGCUCUUCUACGGCGAGGAGCCGCUCCUGUACCGCGCCGUGCGCAAGCGCCACAACGUGCUCAAGGUUCGGCAGAAGGCCAAGGACCGCGCGACCAAGGCGACGCACGGCGGCGCCUCGGCAGCAUCGUCGGCGACGGACCCGGGCCCUGGAGCACCUGUCGAGGCGUCGACGUCGAGCGGCAUGGCGCCUCCAGACGAGGUCGACGACCUGCCGCCGCUCGAGGAGAACGACUGAGCCCUCUCCCCCACCUUCUCUCGCUCUUACCGCUCUCUUGUGUACUGCUGCCGUUCCUUCGCAUCGUGCAAUCUUUCGUUCUCUG